GUUUCUUGUAAGCUUCUUGUGCUGCAACUUGUGAGUGUACGAAUCACUGUUUAGAUAAAGGGCAGGCCAGAGUAGAAAAAGCACAUUCCUAGUACACUAGUCUGAGAAGGUGAGACCGGAACUGCUGCACAGAGCUAGGGCAAGACUACCACCAUGUCUAGAGGAGUUCAUGACAACACUGCUCAGCUGAUGAACUUUACCCAGUCUAACUAUUCUAAUGUGACCAAAGGAUGUGAGGGGGAAAGAGCAGAUUUCCAGUACCUGUUAUUGCCAGUUGUGUAUAGCCUGGUUUUUGUGCUCGCAAUGACUGGGAAUUUGACCGCCCUGGUCCAUUUCCUGCGCACCAGGUCAGCCACCCAUCCAUCACACAUCUUUUUGGUCAACCUGUGUGUCAUUGAUCUACUCUUUGCCCUCACUCUGCCUUUUAAUGUAGUCUACCAUGCCCGCCAAAAUGACUGGCCCUUUGGAGAGGCAAUGUGCAAGAUUAAUGGUGCACUAUUUUUUGGAAACCUGUAUGGCAGCUCCCUAUUUCUCAUGCUCAUUUCACUGGACCGCUACCUGGCUGUUUCACAUCCACUUCGUGCUCUUCGAAUGCGCAAUCCCAAAUAUCGGAUUCUACUGUCCUGCUUGGUGUGGACAGUCCUGGCCUCGGUAAUUCUGUACCUCACUCUGCGUGGUCCCCUGACCCGACCAUUCCCAGCCACCGGCCACAUCGCCUGCAUGGAGAACUUCUCCUCUGAGUCUUGGCGUGGGCGGAUCUCCUCGGUUAGUCUCCUGGCAGCUGCACUUGGCUUCUUCCUGCCCCUACUUGUCAUUGCUACCUGCUACCCACUCAUAGCCUGCAAGCUACUGGCACAUGCCCGGGUCAUGGAGCAGGGCAGUUCCAGCAGUGCCACGUCCUCAGUUCUCUCUGCGCAUCAUAUCACUGGAAAGGUGAAAAAGAAAGCAUUGCGAAUGGUUCUGUUGGUCCUGGGGGUCUUCUUGGUCUGCUUUGCCCCCUAUCAUCUCAACCAGCUGGUGCACACUUUGCAUAGAAUGGCAUUGCUCUCGGGCUGCUCCGUGAUUCGUGUUACAUACCCUGCCCGCAGAGUGGCCAUGGCUUUGUGCAGCCUAAACUCCUGCCUGGACCCUGUGGUGUACUGCCUUGCCUCAGAGAACUUCCACUGGGAUAGGAGAAACUGGUGCCAUAGCCUAUCCACUUAGAGGUUUGACACGUGGAACAACUGUUGGUGCCAGACAGGAUGGUUUGAGUAUCUCAGAAACGGCUGAUCUCCUGGUAUUUUGCUUGCACAACAGUCUCUAGAGAUUGCAGAGAAUGGCAAGAAAAACAAAAAACAUCCAGUGAGCAGCAGUUCUGCAGGCAAAAAUGUAUUGUUAAUGAGCAAGGUCAGAGGAGAAGGGCCAGAUUGGUCAAAGCUGACAGGAAGGUGACAGUAACGCACUAACAAAAGUGGUAUGCAGAAGUCAAUCUCUGAACACACAAGCAUCAAACCUCUAAGUGUUUAGGCUACAGCAGCAGAAGACAAAUAAGUCAAAAUAUGUUUAAUAGAGUGUAGAUUCACAUUAUUUUACUCAUUCUAUAUAGCUUGUAUAUUUAUUAUUUUACUUCAGCCGCUAAUUGCAUUAUGUAUUCCACGGUUUUACAUCGAAUUUGAAUUAUUUCUAAAAUAGGAAGCAAUGACCCCGACGUGAUUUGAACACGCAACCUUCUGAUCUGGAGUCAGACGCGCUACCGUUGCGCCACGAGGUCCUAGGCUGUAGGGGGCGGACAUUGCCAAAAACAUCCAUCAUAUAACGACACUGAGACUAGUACAGUUAGUGGUUAAAUGUCAUAUAACUAGAUACGACCUUCAUGUUGUUAAAAUAUUGUAUUACUUUGUUUCUUUUUGUACAGUUUCUGUAAAUGUACUGCUAGUGACAACAUUUGCCCAGAUUCAUGGCUUUGUUUACCGUAAUUAUUUUCAUCAACGCUCGGGGAUUUCCGGAGUUUCGCAACUUCUGCCGAGCAUUUUACAUCCUGUGCAUAUUUCCCUUUUUCGUUUGACACGUUUUAGGAAGUCACGUGGAUUACAAUAUAUGGUGGACUAUCUGACAAGAUUUUAAUUCACAUCGUGUUCGUAAAUUGUUGUCAGAUUUUGAUCCAAUGGUCGGGGAAUUUGACAUACCGAGGAACCUUAGCAAAAUGAGUAUGAGUAUAACAUGAAUAUUCAAGGAAAUUUUAAUGAGUGAAAUGAUAUUGUAAUAAACCUAGGACAGAGCCUGGCUACGUCCUAGUUGGCCAGCCCUAACAAAAAAAUAUUUUUUUAAACUCCUUUGGUUGCUUUUUUUGGGGUUCAGGUUUGGUAUUUGCUGACCUUGAGAUAUAGCCCUAAUUAGCAUACGUCAGUUUGGGCAAGUUGUCACAAGUGAAAGCUUUUUCUCACUGUAAAUUGACAUACAGAAUUUGCUCAAAAUUCAAUGUGUUUAAUCUAGUGUUUAAUCAGCAACUAGGUUCCUUGUAGUAGUACUAAUGUUAUUGUAAAUGGAUUAUUAUUUAUACAUAUACUUUAGAGCAGCAGACAUAUCCCUGGAUUACACAAAACAGGCUUUUAGCUGAGUCUAACUAUCAAAUUGAUGUGUGCACCCAAGGUCAGGUAAUUUAUAUGUGCCAGAACUGUAAACUGUUAGAUUAGACUACUACUAUUAGUUGUUAAUUUCAUUUCAGAGAUUGUUGAUGGGGGCGGGGAAGCUUGCAAUUGCUGUCUGUCAUCGUAGAGAUUAUUUACAGGAGAUGGGAGGUAAAGUAAAUGUUCUGCAGUCAUGGGAAUUGUUGAUGGUAGCUGAGGUUUGCCACUAACAAACGGGAUACCAGCAAUUCCGCUUUUUUUGGCCUUGCUGGUCCUUUGAUGAAGAUUUAUUUGAUUUUUAAUUUUGAAUAAAAAAUAAUUGUUUAAAAGUCCAAUGUGACAACUUACCCCACAUAGUGUUACAGUUUACCCACUGAUGAGAAUCGCCUGUCCGUUGGAGAGGACACAGGGAGGAAGAAUCCACAGAGCAGACCAACAAGCUCAGAGCUCAGAGUGUUAAAAGGUUCAUUCUGCACCUUUGCAUUCAUUACCUUUUAUGGCGGUCCCCUUAGAAAGAAUUGGCAUGGACCUCGUUGGACCAUUAGAGCGGAGCACAAAAAUAUAUCAUCUUAGUAGGCUAUGCCACCUGAUAUCCGGUGGCGCUCCCCCUCUGCAUUAUAUCUGCUGGGACUAUUGUGGAGGCGCUGUCUCAUUGUUUCUCCCAUCUGGGAAUCCUGAAAGAGAUUCUCACAGAUCAAUGCACCUCAUUUAUGUCACGGACACUGAAAGAGCUGUACAAAUUGUUGGAAGUCAGGUCUAUUCGAGGUUUACCUCAAACUGAACUGUUGGUGGAGUGGUUCAAUAAGACCCGGAAGACGAUAAUUUGUACGUUUGUUUCCACCGACAUCAGAAAUUUGGAUAAAGUAAUUGACCCCCUGUUGUUUGCUGUAAGAGAGGUUCCCCAAGCCUGCACAGGGUUUUGCCCCUUUGAAUUAUUGUACGGGCGAAGCCCCUGUGGCAUUUUGGAUCUGUUAAAGGAAACUUGGGAGGAGGGUCCAAGCCAAAGUAAAAAUUAAAUUGAACAUGUGUUGGGCCUGUGAGCAAAUCUGCACUCAAUAAGCCAAAAUAGCACGUGAACAUUUGUUCCAGGCUCAAGACCAUCGGAGACGGCAAUACGACAAGGGAGCUCAAUUGCGAACGUUAAAACCUGGUAUUGCUCCCAAGUGGCAAGGACCUUUUGAGGUUACGCAGCGUAUAGGGGCUGUAGACAGUGUGUCACGUUUCAUGCUUGUCAUGUCAUGUUUCAUGUUUAGGUAUUGUCUUAGUUAUUUUAUUGUCAUGUCACAUAUUAUGUUAGUCUAGUCUCGCCACGUUUUUAUUUUUUAUUUCUUGUUAAGUUUCAUGUUUAGUUCUUGUUACGAUGUAUUUUCCAGUCUUGUCAUGUCACGUUAUAUAGUAUAUUCAUGUCACAGUUUGCAAACUUGUUACGUCACGAUUUAUGUUUGUUUCAUGUUAGGUUGUUCCGUUCAUUGAUUAGCAUACACUUUUUUGUGUCUUUCCGCAAACCUUGCAUUCAUUGCAUUCUCUAUCUCCCUUGCUGUCGCUCACACUUCCCUAAUGGUUUCAUUUUCCCAUGUUAGGAUUGGGUAAUACUAACAUUCUAACCAUGUGUUCAUGUUUACCUUAUAUUUCUUGUGCAUGUCAUUUACUAAUUUACUAAUGCUAGGUCAGGAUAGGUUUAUUACUAAUGAUUACUAAUUAUCUUGUUAACUUGUCAAUCCUCCACACCUGAUUUCCAUUUGCAUGCUGCUCUCAAGCUAAUUGUCUGUCUACACCUGCAUAGUUUAGUUUCCAUGUCAUGUCUUUGCGAAAUUGUUGCCUCCUGUUUGUCAGUGCACUUUUGAGCGUUUUUGUCAAGCCAUUGUCUACCUGUUAAGAUCCAAGCCUGUUUAUCGACCAUUGUUAUUGACUUCUGUUUGUUAACCACUGCCUGCCUGUACCACAAACUCUUGCCUGCUGUCUUUGUGCUUUUGCCCCGUGGAGCGGACUUUGGUCUUGACUCUUGCACCACCUUCGACUCCAAGCCUGCCUACCGUCUGUCUGCACUACUGCCCCGCUGACAGCUUUCCUGGUUACUGGACUUUUUGCAUGGCGUACCAAUUACGAGACUGCCUUCUCCAUCGGUACUGUCCUUUGUUUUGGCUGGAUUACAUGUGCAUGAACUUUGAUUGUUUUCAACUACGCUCAUGUGUAUUUUGCUAGUUCUGGAUGUGAUGCUUUGACUUAUGGUAGAACCUAUGCACUUGUAAGUCGCUUUGGAUUAAAAGCGUCUGCCAAAUGACUAAAAUUUAAAAUGUAAAUGUAAAUGGACAUUCCCUUAAUAAAGCCCUGAUGGGACUUUAUCACUUC